GUUUCGGGCAGCUAAAGAUAUUAGUGUCGUAGUCCGCCAUGACGCAAACCAAAACACAGCUCCUCAAGACCUUACUCCAACUCCCUAAUAGUGGCCAGGAUGCUGAGCUGCUGCUUCACCACAUUGUUCCCAGAAUGUCCACUGGAGAGUUAUCACUACACGAAGUUGUGGAAGGGUUGGGCACAAGUCUGACACAUACUAACCCAGCGGAAAGGGGAGCUGGUACCCGCCUUCUGGCCGAUCUUCUUCAUACUUUACCGGCUGAUAACCUUACCAUGCAAGAGCUGUCCUUCUUAUCUUCCUUUUUUGUAGAUCGACUGAAGGAUCAUCAUUCUGUUAUACCAAGUGUCAUCUAUGCCUAUUUAGCUCUGGUAAAGCAGAAAAAUAUUAAGAGGGAAGAUAUAACAAGUCUUUUACAAGGACUGUUCCGUGAUGUACAUUGCCAGUCACAGAUCCAGUCUGAUAGAAGAAACGUCUACACCUUUCUUAAAUAUUGUCUAGUGGACAAAUUAGAAGCCAGCCAAUGAUCCAUUUGGCAUCUCGGCAGAAGACCUGGUACUGAGUCUAAGAUGUGCCUUGUCAUCCACACCAUUGUUUGCUCCUUACUGUGUCCCUCUACUCCAGGAGAAACUAGACUCAGAUGUUAUUUCUGCUAAACUGGACUCGCUGCAUACUUUGGUGAGUUGCUGUGAAGUUUACUCAGCUGAAGAUAUUUGUCCGCAUGUAUUAGCACUGUGGGCUAGCAUAAGACACGAGAUUGUUGAGGGAGUGAAUGGCGAGGUUGAGGAAGCAGCACUCUCGGCUCUCACUGCCAUGGUUAUGGCACUGCAGCGUGGAAUACUGACACAAGCUUCCCGAGAUGCUACCAAGGAGCUCACCAAGUCAGUCUUAAGGGAAUGUGUUGGCCACCUUACAGCACCAGAACAACGUCUCAUGUUUCCGAGCAGUAAUAUUCUUGUGGCUCUUUCUGUUGCUGAUGAAGCUGCAGCUCAAGCAGUGUGUGAGAUGGUCCUUCCACUUCUCGUUGAGCAGUUUGAAGCCAGGUGUGAAGAGACAGCAAGGAGAAAUACUAUGACAAUACUUGGGAAGUUUUUGAAUAGUGGAGCAAAGUUCCCACAUUUAAUUGAAGAGAAUGGUUGUAUCUGGAAGAGUGCUGCUGCUUGCUGGGCUGUGUUUUCCCAAGGACUGUCUUGUGAUACACCUUCAGUUAAAGAAGCCACGGUGCUCGCUCUCACCACUGCCUUGCCAGCAUUUAAUUCUCAUUUCCUCUGCUUGAUUGCCCAGUCCUUAACUUCUCUUCUCAUUACUGAAAAUAAUGAUGUACUAAGAGACAGUAUUAUCCAAGCUUUUGUCGCUCUUUGGAAGAUUCACCCCCUGGCCAUCAGUGAUCAUAUAUUGCCAAAACUGUUAAUGGUAAUGGAACAAGGUUAUUGCAAUAAUUCCCACGUCAGCAACACUCAAGUCUUGGAAACACUUGCCAUUCUCGCCAGAGGAAGACUGCUCAUUUCCCGUGUGUUGCCUCUCAUCUGGGACUGGGCGAUCGACACUUUGUCUGUGUCCUCUGAUCAGUGCUCUCAACAUCUCGCGUGUGUGAUAAAGAUUUUGACAAAUGUGAGCGACAGUGAGAGUGAGAGCUAUAUACUGGAGGAAUGGAAUGGCAUUACAAAGGUACUUAGCUUGUUCAUGGCUGCCAUCCUCAGUUCACAUGCGGUCAAGUCAGUACAAGUUCUUCGCUGCCUUUCACAUAUAUGCAAAAUACUAGUAUCCAAGCUAAGUGACCCAAAGCCUUUAGUCGAGUCUUUCAUUAACGUGGCUAUAAAGGAUGGAGAAGUAAGAGCUGUAGGUGAACUUGUCUCCAAGUACCCAGAAAUCAGAAGUCUGAUGUCCAACAUCUCCAGUGAAAGCCGUCCACAAGCAUCAUACAUGGUUUAUGUAAUUGAGGGCAUGAUGCUGGGUGCACGCCAGCUGUCGGAAUUUGAUGGCCUACAACAGCUGCUACAACAACUGAGGCAUUUAAGUUUAUGCCACACAGAUGUUGACCGAAGACAAACGUCAGCCAUCCUCCAUGCAGUGAUUAUUAAUAAAAUUCCAGUUGGAUCAACCUUCACUCAAGCACUUGCUCAAAGUAGAGAGGAGCUGUACCAGAUCUUAGAUGCCACCAAUGCAAUUGAGAAGCAGAAAGCAGCACUCCAGACACUUACCUGGAUUUGUAAGGCGUUGGUGACACGUGGUUCCGAAGACCAGGAUAUGUGGACAGCUAAGGUGCAGAAAUUACUUUGUGAUCCAAACCUUGGAUUAGAUGCUGCCCACAGCUUUGAAGUUAUCCUCAAGGAUCAUGAAUAUGCUUUGAGAACAGACACCUUUGCUAAUAUAAGAUUGCUCUAUAAGCAGAGAUAUUUUGAAGGUGUGGUGACUCCGCUGGUCAACAUGUUUGAUGCUAAUGAGGACAGCAGCAAACACAAUGCCCUGCUGGCACUCUCCUCACUCUUGUCAUCGUUGCCGUACCUCAUUCUUAACACUCACAUUAAGAAGUUACUACCGGUGCUGCUUCAGGGCAUAACAAGUAGGGAGGCGGUGUUAACCGAGAGCACCCUGUGUACGUUGGCCAGCGUCCUGAAGCAGUCUAUACAUCAUGCUGCCCCGUAUACUAACACGCUCGUCUCAACUCUUGUACCGCUCACUGUCAACCACCCGCUGACUGUGCGCAUGAAGGCCUUAGAGUGUCUUGAGGCUCUAGCUGAUCUACCAGCAUCCACAGUGCUGCCUUACAGGAACGAUGUAAUUAGAGGACUACGAGAUGUGUUGAACGACAAGAAGCGUGUUGUUCGUCGUGCUGCAACCGGUGCUCGCUGCACGUGGAUCCUUGUUGGUGCCCCAGGCAGUGUCGGCGCCUAGGGCACCGCCUUGUAAAUUUGUUUAACAUUGAAUCAAUAUAUAACUUGUUUGACAUGUGAGAUUUAAAAAAAAAAAACGAUUGUUUUGUUACAUCAAAUUGUGAUAUCAGGAUGUAUAACAGCAUAAAGAAGUGGUAAGAGACAUAGCAUAUUUGCCAGCUAAUAGUAGUUAUAAUGCAAGAAGUUCUAUGUAUUUACAAUAUAUUAUUCUGCAUAAGA